ACAAAAGCGGGACACGGCGAUUUGUUGUGGCUUUUGCGACGCGCUUAAUCAUUGCCGUUGAUGAAAAGCCUCUCCCGUUGACAAAAUCACUUUACAAAUCAGCUGUUUUACCUUCUUCCACAUGGUUUAGCAAAACGGCACUAAGGGCAGUAAAACGACGCCUUCCCCGUGUCCCCCCAAAUUUCCUACAGAGCACCGCGAACAGUGCGCCAAAGAAGAUGUGUAAAUAUUUAGUGAUUGUUUUCGUUUGUUUGCUAAAAUUUGCCAAAGCGAACGAGUGCAGGCGGAUCGGUGAUUGUUCGUGCGAAUUCUACGACGGUACAGGUAUUAAUCUGAAACCAAUCAUAGACAUCGGGGCCCAACCAUUGCACACAAACGUAUCGAACGGCGAUGCGUACUACUUCAGCCCCUGUCAAGAUAUAUCCUACACGAUGGAUGAUAGCAAACCGAACAUAACCAACGUCGACUGCAAGAAAGGAUACACCCUUUGCAAGUAUGACGCGGUCAACAAUACAUUGGUACGGUUAGGCGAGUUAAAGGAAACGCAGUUUACCACGGACGAUGGGCUUUAUCUCACUUACAUCAAACCGAACCAUAGUAUCACACAUGUAAAAUUGGUAUGUACGACUGAUAAGAAAUCGUUCUUUUUCCCGGAUUCCACCACGAAUGUUACGACGCAUCUGUUGCUUUUCUCCCCGUACGCAUGUCCCAUCGUACUGGAAGAUUUCAGCAAACCAAGCACCGGCACGGUACUGCUGAUAAUGCUGUUCGUUGUCGUUAUGUCGUACUUCAUCAUUGGAGCAACAGUGAACGCAUUCUAUCUAGGUGCUCGGGGAAUGGAGAUCGUACCGCAUUUGGAUUUCUGGCGCGGAUUGCCCGGUCUUGUGCGGGAUGGUGCCCAAUUUCUACAGAACGGCUGCAGAGUCGCAAAUCGAACGCCGGAUCCGGAUUCGUACGACGCCAUAUAAAGGAACCAACGCCUGCCGUACUGGAACACGAUUUCCUUCACUGUGCUGUGCCGUUUUCUAAGCC